GCCAGCAGGUGUCGCCCUCCUGCAGCAUUCCCGGCUGUGUUCCCUAUGGCACACGAUGCGGGGAAACUUUGAUUUUGGCCUGGUAAAUGGGCAUUUUCAUGUAUGUUAGACUUUAAUUACAAAAAAAAAAAUGACGGACUAGAAUACAUACAAAAAGUCCGAUUCUUUUGAAAACGUAUAUAUCAUGAGUGAAAUAUGUGUCGGGCCGCGGUGUGAAUGAACGGAAGGGGUGUCCUGAAUCCUGAAGCAGCUUCGCCCCUUCUGACUUUGCUCCAUCCGAACCAUACAGAACGAAUUGGACCGUCAAGCGGGGGAUUAUGGCGCUCACGGGGACUCUGCCAGUAAUGCCAGCUGCUUCCUUAAAACCAUAACUGGCUUACAAACAGGACCAAGAGACGUUUCAACUAUCAAGACUUUGUUUGCCUGAACUUGGGAAGAGGCGCUUGUUGGAGGUUGCCGUGUUCUCAUCGGUUCCCCUCCAAUGGCGGAGGAGGAGGAGGAGGUGAUGGCUACGGAGUAUUUGCUGGAGCAAGUGAUGCUCAAGGAUUUGAGCAAGAGGCUGCAGGUGGGCCAGGAGAUGGUGGAGUUUAUCCUGCAAGAGGACAAAUGUCCAGAGCUGGAGCGGGACCAGGGAACGCUGGACAGGGUGGUGGAGGUGCUGGCAAGCUCCUGGGUCAACUCCACUCACUUCAAGGUUGUGUUGCUGGGCAUGGAACUUCUCUCUGCACUUGUCAGCAGGCUGCAGGAAAAAUUCAGGACGCAAGUUGGGACAGGUGAACUCUUUGACAUUCAAACUUAUGGCCUCUUAAAAUUUCCUGAUCAAAAAUACAAAUCAUGUGAGAAUAUUUCUCUCUCGUCAGUUCUUCCAGCUUAACUGAUCGUCUGGGAGAUGCCAAGGAUCAAGUGCGUGACCAGGACCAAGCACUUCUCCUGAAGAUCAUGGACCAGGCCGCCAACCCACAAUAUGUUUGGGAGCGCCUGAUUGGAGGCUUCAAACAUAAGAACAACCGGACGCGAGAAGGACUCUGCCUUUGUCUCAUCGCGACCUUAAAUAUGUUUGGAUCUCAGAGCCUGACGCUAAGCAAAAUAGUUCCUCACAUUUGUAACCUUCUCGGAGACCCCACAAGUCAGGUGCGUGACGGAGCCAUGAGUUGUUUGGUGGAGAUCUACCGUCAUGUCGGUGAACGAGUGAGGAUUGACCUUGGAAAGAAGGGCCUACCUCAGUCUCGGUUGAAUGUCAUUUUUAGUAAAUUUGACGAAGUCCAAAGGUCGGGAAGCAUGGUCCUGUCACCACUGUCAGCCCUCUCCCCUGCCACAGAUAAAAAUUCCGAGGAUGAUGAUUCACUGGAUGGUGGCUGCUCUUCGUCCUCAUCCAAAGCAGAAAUGCUGGCCGGGAGGAAGACUUUAGUGGGUUCAUUUCGACGCUCAGUCACCAGCAACAAGUCACCGGGGAGAGAUGGGUCUGCUGCUGGCGCGGUGGAUGAGGGUGACUUCAUUCAGGCUUUUGAGGAUGUUCCCGCUAUGCAGAUUUACUCCAACAGGGAGGUGGAGGAGGCCAUGGCCAAGAUUCGAGAUGUGUUGUCGGAUGACAAGCGUGACUGGGAGCUCCGAGUUGCGGCGCUGAAGAAAGUGCGCUCUCUCCUGUUGGCUGGAGCAGUAGACUUUGACGGGUUCCCGCAGCAGCUGCGUCUCCUGGAGUCUGCAUUCAGACUGUCCGCCAAAGACCUGCGUUCCCAGGUGGUUCGGGAAACCUGUAUCACUCUGGGACACCUGUCCUCCGUGCUCGGCACUCGCUUUGAUCAUGCUGCGGAGGCCAUCCUGCCUACCCUCUUGCACCUGGUUCCCAAUAGUGCCAAAGUUAUGGCCACCUCUGGAGUGGCUGCCAUCCGCCUCAUCCUAAGACACACACACUACCCUCGUUUGAUCCCUAUCAUCACCAGCAACUGCAUCUCUAAGUCUGUGGCCGUCAGAAGGCGAUGUUAUGAGUUUUUGGACCUGCAGCUGAAGGAGUGGCAUACAAACUCUCUGGAGAGGCAUAUGGCUGUUUUAAUGGAAACUAUAAAGAAAGGCAUCCACGAUGCAGAUGCUGAGGUGCGGUCUGUGACAAGGAAGUGCUACUGGAACUUCCAUGUCCACUUCAGUCGGGAGGCGGAGCAGCUGUUCCAGUGCUUGGAGUCGUCCUAUCAAAAAGCUCUACAGGCUCACCUGCGGAGUGGUGAUACAUUGAUGUCAUUACCACCAUCUGAUCAUUCCUCAUCCUCCUCGCAGGAGAGCCUGAAUCGAACUUUGUCUCCAAGAAACAACACUGGAAGAAGCGUGACCAGAUGUAAAGCGACUCAAGCUUCCAGACGCCCCCCCGCCACCUCACCAGGCUCCUUACAGCGUUCUUGCAGCGACGUGGAUGUCAACGCAGCAGCCACUGCCCGCACCCGAAUGCCCACCGUGGCUUCGGCAGUGCAAGUUUCGACUUCAUCCUUUAGCUCUGCCUCUGCUCUCCCACCUGGAUCUUAUGCUUCGCUUGGUCGAGUCCGAACCCAGAGGACGAACACAGGAAAGCGUCCAUCAGUGCCUGACAGUCGGGUUCACAGCAAAGGAAAGGUCGUCUCACAGUCUCAACCCAGCAGCAGGUCUGGUUCCCCUGGCCGAAUGCUCACCUCCACCCAUGGCAGGAUGGUCCGGAUGCCUGUGGGCAAUGCUACAACUGCUGCUAACAGCAGUUUGAGCAACAGUAGACGUCCACGAGGCCACCGCAGCCAAGGCUGUAGCAGAGAGACCAGCCCCACCAGAUCAGGCUCCGCACGCAGCCGAAUCCCUCGACUCAGCAUGAGUCAGGGGUGCAGCCGUGAAACCAGUCGCGAGAGCAGCCGUGACACCAGCCCUACCAGGGGUUUCCCCCCCCUGGACCGGUUGUCUCACCAGGCUCAGAUCUCGGCCUCCGUCAAUGCCAUGAGAAUCCUCAAUACAGGCACUGAGGUGGAGGCGGCUGUUGCUGAUGCUCUGCUCUUAGGAGACUUGAGGAGUAAGCAGCGUUCAGUGCGACGGCACUUUGAGUCAUCGGGUAUGUUCUCUGAUGAUGACGCAAACAGUGAUGCCUCUAGCGCCUGCUCGGAACGCUCAUAUAGCUCGCGCAAUGGUGGUGUGCGUCACACUGAGGAUGUGGCUGAGAUUCUCAACCACUGCGCCAGCGCCAACUGGUCAGAGAGAAAGGAGGGCUUGCUUGGAUUGCAGCAUGUUUUGAAGAGCCACAGAAUACUCAGUCGUGUGGAGCUGAAGAGACUCUGUGAGAUCUUCACUAGGAUGUUUGCUGAUCCUCACAGCAAGGUCUUCAGCAUGUUCCUGGAGACGCUGGUGGACUUCAUUGUUUUGCACCGGGAAGACUUGCACGACUGGCUUUUCAUUCUACUUACCCAGCUGCUGAAGAAAAUGGGUGCUGACCUCCUGGGCUCUGUCCAGGCCAAAGUUCAAAAGGCACUAGACGUCACUUGUGAAUCCUUCCCAUAUGAGCAGCAGUUCAACAUUCUGAUGCGCUUCAUCGUGGAUCAGACGCAGACACCCAACCUGAAGGUGAAGGUGGCCAUCCUACGCUAUAUUGAAGCACUAGCCCACCGAAUGGACCCGGCUGACUUUGUCAACACCAGCGAGACACGCCUAGCUGUUUCACGGAUAAUCACGUGGACAACUGAACCCAAAAGCUCUGACGUCCGGAAGCAUUUUUUUCACUCACCAAACUCCCAGACCCUUCAUAACUGGGAGGAUUUGUCGGGUCGAGCCAGCACCGUGUCCUCUCUGCCAGGAGAGGGCAACCUGGAGGAGAGGUGCAAGCAGGCAGCCCAGGUGGUGCUCAUUGCCCUGUUUGAGCUCAACACCCCAGAGUUCACCAUGCUACUUGGGGCUCUGCCCAAAACCUUCCAAGAUGGGACAACCAAGCUGUUGCACAACCACCUGAAGAGCAGGAGUGGCAUCAGCAUGACAUCUCCCAUGAGCUCGACAGGUCAAACAGCUCCGCGCCAGCCCAGCAGCCGCAGCAGCCCGCUGACAUCUCCCACCACCUGCUCCCAUGGGGGGCUUUCUCCCAGCAUGCUGGAGUAUGACGGUGAGAACCUGAACUCUGAGGAGAUCGACAGUUCUCUGCGUAGUGUCACUGAAGCAAUCCGGAACUUCAGUUACCGUAGCCAAGAAGAGGCGAUAGAGCCACAAAAGCGAGAUGGAACACGGGACGCUAUGUUUGGAGUUGGGGCUCCCACCCACGCUGACCUUAGGCUUUAUGGCGAUGUGGUGGAUGCCGGUCGAACAGCCCUGGACAAUAAGACUUCUUUACUGAACACACCUUUUCCACGCUCAUUCACUCUGCAGCGUUUCAGAGAAUACAACCCGCACAACUACGAUGUUAUGGAGCUGCGGCAACAUGCACGCCAGCAAGAAUGCGUUGAAAAUGAGAUCCAGAACCCUAGAAACGUCCCAGGAGUGACCGAGCAACUGGUUGGGCAGCUGCUGAAGGAGCUGUCCCAGGGGGGCGGUGAGGAGCGCCGCGCCACCCUUUUGGAGCUGCUCAAGUUGGCGCGGGAGGACAGUCAAGUGGUUUGGGAUGAACACUUCAAGGCCAUUCUGUUGCUUCUCCUGGAGAUGCUGAGUGAUAAAGAUUACAUGAUCCGAGCGCUGGCCUUGAGAGUCUUGAAGGAGAUCUUGAGAAAUCAACCAUCCCGCUUCAAGAACUAUGCCGAGCUCACCAUCAUGAAGACACUGGAAGCUCAUAAAGACUCGCAGAAGGAAGUGGUGCGUGCUGCAGAGGAGGCUGCAUCCACACUGGCGGUCUCAAUCCACCCGGAGCAGUGCAUCAAGGUGCUUUGUCCCAUUGUGCAGACGGCAGACUACCCAAUCAAUUUGGCCGCAAUCAAGAUGCAGACAAGGGCCAUCGAACGCAUCACAAAGGAGCCGCUGCAUCAGCUGCUGCAUGACAUCAUUCCAGGCUUACUGCAGGGCUACGACGACACUGAAAGCAGCGUGAGAAAGGCCAGCGUCUUCUGCCUCGUAGCCAUCUAUACUGUGAUUGGCGAAGAACUCAAACCCUACCUGUCUCAGCUUACCGGCAGCAAGAUGAAGCUGCUCAACCUCUACAUUAAGAGGGCCCAGGCAUCCACCAGCAAUAGCAGCAGCUCUUCCGACAUCUCUUCCUACUAACUUGCUUCUAACUUUUAACACAUUCACCCUGUUAGCACCAUUUUGGCAUUUUUUUCUGCCAUUUUCCACGUAAUGCUAUCUCAUAGCAAAAAUCAGCAUCAUGAAAGCGAUAUCAUGAGUUUUUUUUCCAUGAUGUACGAUGAAAACGGAAGAUGUGCCUAAACAAGUCCCCCUUUCGUCGACCCUUCAAGUGGAUCUUUUUGAAAAUGUUCACCCUCCUGCAUCAAUUCAUGAAAGAAAGCUGUUCAUCUAUGCACUUAUUUUCCUGAAGUGCUGAAUCACCAACUGCUGUCCCCUACUGAAAGCAUCGACUGACUUCCUGGAAGAUCAGAGAAAGGCGUGUCUUCAAAAAGAUGGUUUGUCUUUGCAACAGAGGAUCACUUGGCUGGCCAGUGACUUCAAGCUUAAUAGACUUUUGGAGCCAAACAGUACAUUUUUGUUCAAAUGAAGUGAAACACACAAUUUGAAGACACUACAUUCCAUUGUUUUCCAUAGGACAUUUAAGUGUCUUCCAGAAUAUUUAGAAAGAAAUCUAUAUGCAGAUUUAAGUCCUUUAAUUUAAUUAAUAGGAGAUUUGGUGACACACUUACGAAUGUGUUAGUGUAGUUCAUAAAUGAAGUUCUUGAAUUUCACUACUUACAAGUAGAUGAUCUUCUGAUCCGCAAUCCUGAGCUUGGUCCACAAAUCAAACAAUCAUGUUACUGUUGAACCAAUAGGUUAAGACCACUAUCAAUGUUUUCUAUAGAACACUAAAUAUAAGGUCAAUGUUGCAAACAUAAGUUAGAUGCUUUUAAAAGAUGUUCUGAAAAGACACUUGUUAGAUUUGAGUUUUAAAAAAUACAAAACAGACAAUCAGCAUCUGAAUUGGAAAAGCUUCCUGAUGGUGACAAUGACCUUGAGCCAGCCUGUGAUCGUCAAUGUUGUCCUCAUGACCUUACUGCAUUUCCUCUCAAAGAUUGUAGUCCUGUCUUCCGCUGAAAAGGGAGUGGCGUUCUAAAAUCAAACUUUGGACUUAAUCACUAAGUCCAAGCGUUACAAGUAAAUGUUUGGAAAGAAAUAAAAACACAGCAAUCAUUUUGUACAAAUGCACCUCAUGUAUGGCUCUGAUCUGCAUAUCCUGGCAUCACAAUCUUUGAAGAGACAGCCUCCAUUUUCCAUGGCCUUGUCGCAGUGGGACUGUUAACGUUGAAUGUUCCACUUUCGGUGUCAUCUUGUACCCGUGCCUUUAGUUAGACACCUCUUUUCCUAUAGUAGACCAAAGCUCGUCUUGGACCAAGCAGACUUGUGAGCGAAGAGAGGUUGUUAGUAUCUUGCCAAUAAAACCCAUUGAAAGCACCUACACGCAUGCACCCCUACCGUUCCCCACCACACAAUGCUAUAUUUAUAUUCAGCAGACUGACUGCAAGUAUUUAUGUCACAAUUGAGACUUAAAUAAACUGAAUUGCCAUUGUC